ACGGAAAUGGCGAUUUGAGUAGAGGCCAAUGUUGUGUGUAAGAUAGAGGCUUCAUUUAAGCACAUAUUGCGAAUUUCCUGCACAAACUGUAAUUUACUAUAAAACAAAUGUAGCAACCGAGACGCAGACAUGGUGGUGUGCUUUCUAAUCCACACUGUGUGCCCUGUGAGCGCCCUCUCUCCCGCUGAGAGCCGGAUCCUGUACUCUCGUGUUUUUGGACCGGAGGAUGUGGAGCAGAGCGGAGAGAGCCGUGAGGAGAACCCGGAGAAGAGAAGACUGGCUCGGAAAGAGAAACUUGGGGUUGUGGCGAGGCAAGUGAGAAGUGCGGUUUGCCUGAGCCGGGAAGCGUCAGGCAGUGUUUGUGUGGAGGCCGUGCUGGGUGAGGAGGCCGUGGCUCUCGGUGAGGCCGAGUGUGGCGUGCUGUCUUUGGGCCGUGGGGAGCCGUUUGCAGGGCCGAACGUUGCACUGUGGCUCGGGGUCCAGGCCCUAGCUUUCACUCUGGUGUGCCAGCCACAAGAGAACCUGCUGUUGGCAGAGGGAACCCUGCGUAACCUCGCCCGCCACUGCCUGGAGGAGUUACGCCUGCUGGGAACUGGCAGUGAGGUGCUACUAAAAAGUGACCGGGUGGAUGCAAUGCUUCAGAGACUCCUUCCUCAUGGUCAGCUCCUCUUCCUCAACCACCGCUUUGCCCAAAACAUGGAUAAAGAGCUAUCCAGCUACAUGAGUAAAUGAAACAGCAGAAUCUGAGCGCUGUCACUGGUCCAGUGGUCAGUACUCAUCAAGUGUUUAAAGAGGAGCUUCAAGACCAGCAUGUGAUGUUUUGCAAGAUAAGGAAGAAGAGAGACAGUUCUGUCCCGAAUAUCUGACCAGAAUCUGUAAAAUUCCUUUUGAAGGCUGAGAGAAAGUGCUUGAAAGAUGACACCUCAAAGAACUACCUAUCCCCAAAUGGUUGCAUCUUAGAUGCUAUGCCAAAAGCUUUUGAGUCUGCAGAACUGUAUCAAGGGCUCUGGUUCAGGUAUUUUGAAGAAAGUUCUAAAACGUUUUAUUUGACGCUGAGUCAUAUAAUAACAGAAGCCUUUAAUAAGAAUAUAGAACUGAAAGAUUUAAAGUGUGAAGAUAAUGUGUAAUAUUCAAGAGAUAAUGUUUGUGGCAUAUUCUGCUGUGAAAGACUCUCAUUCAUUAAAAAUGUGUGUCUGAAAGUGCUGUGAGAAACCACCUUCAUGUGUCUGAUCUUGCACUUUUGCGCUGCAAGAGGCCAGUGGGUGGCAGUAUGUUGUGGUCUUCGGUGGUCUUGGGAAUAUCCCCUUGAAGCACAGUUACCAGGGUAACAUUUCGUAUCAAAUAGUAAGGCAGUGUUAGUUCAGAAUCUAAUAAAUGUGGUGAUCAA